AGCUGUUUCUCAUCUCGAAUGAGCAGAUCACACACAGGGAUAAUUAUUCAUGACUUAAAUGGAGGGAGAACUGUUACCGAGAAACGACGCAAACAUCUGCGCGCAUCUCACAGUGUCACUGCUGGCAGUAACUUUCCUGGCCUCGUUCGGCAGCUCAUUGCUCUUUGGCUACAAUUUGGCAGUCGUCAAUUCUCCCGCACAGUACAUCAAAGACUUCUACAAUGAGACGAUUGUAGAAAGCUACGGUUGGACUCCAGAUGAGCAGUUCCUCACGGCUCUGUACUCCCUCACUGUGUCCAUCUUUGCGAUUGGUGGGAUGAUGGGAGCGCUGCUGGUGGGCGUACUUGUUACCAAAUAUGGGAGGAAAGGAACACUGGUGAGAUCCACUGUGCUGGUGUUCAUAGGAGGAACCCUUAUGGGCUUCAGCAGGCUGUGCAGGAUGCCUGCGAUGGUUAUCGUUGGACGCUUCAUCAUGGGAGUGUACUCAGGGAUCUCUCUCAGUGUGGUGCCCAUGUACCUCAGUGAGAUCGCGCCCAAGAACCUGAGAGGCUUCCUAGGCCUUGUUCCCACCAUCCACAUUUGUCUUGGCGUCUUCAUCGCUCAGGCCUUGGGGCUCCCUGAGCUGCUGGGAAAGGAAGAGUACUGGCCUCUGCUCCUGUCCCUUGUGGUGUGUCCUACCAUGGUUCAGCUGAUGCUGUUGCCAUGGUUUCCAGAGAGUCCUCGAUACCUCUUCAUAGAGAAGGGAAAUGUGGAUGCCACCAUCAAAGCCCUAAACUGCUACCGCACUAAAGGAAAUAUCCAGGCAGAAGUUGAGGAGAUGGAGGAGGAAAAAUGUUCUCUGUCCUCCAUUCAGACCGUCUCUGUCUGUGGCCUGCUCAUGGACCGCUGUGUCCGCUGGCAGGUCAUCACUGUUGUGGUGGCCAACAUCGGCAUGCAGCUGUCUGGCAUUGAUGUGAUCUGGUACUACACAAAUGACAUAUUUAAAAACGCAGGAAUCCCAGAGCCUUAUGUACAGUACACAACAGUGGGAACUGGUGUCGUUGAGAUCAUCUUUGGGACACUGGGGUGUUUCACCAUUGAGCGUCUGGGCAGAAGAUCUCUAAUGAUUGGCGGCUACCUCUUCAUGGGACUCUGCUGUGCUGGGAUCACAGCAUCCAUGCUCUUACAGGCACAGCUGUCUUUCAUGCACUACAUCAGCAUGGGCUGUAUUGUCGGGAUUAUUGCUGGCUUCUGCAUAGGCCCAGCUGGUGUCCCUUUCCUGAUUACUGCAGAGUUGUUUAAGCAGUCGCACAGACCAGCUGCUUACACUGUGGGUGGUUGUCUCAACUGGUUGUUCAACUUCGCCAUCGGCUUCAUCUUUCCAUUCCUAGAGAUGGCUGCUGGUCCUUAUUGUUACCUGAUCUUCUGCACAAUCUGCUUGGGAGUGGCCGUCUACACCAUCGUCAUCCUUCCUGAGACCAAAAACAAAACCUUUAUGGAGAUCAGCCAGAUGCUCGCCACCAAGAACACCAUCCUUCGAGAGGAGCUAAAAUUGGCUGUGAUGAAUGGCUAUGGAACCCUUGGCCACCAUGAGGAAAAAUAA